AUGGGCGGCAAGGCCAAGUUCAAAAAGCACACGGCCGCGGACCUUGAGCGCCGCCAGAAGCAGGUGAACAAGGGUGGAGGCAAGGCCGGCGCCUCCACCCGCGGCGUCGCCAAGCUCAACUUCACGUGCGAUAUCUGCAUGGUACGCCCAAUACCUACUGACCUCUGUCUUGUUGCCGUCCAACAGAGCGCGUCGCCCGACAUCAAGUCUUACGAGCAGCACUACACGAGCAAGCACCCGAAGGCCUCGUUCGACCGUGACGCCAUGAUCGCCAAGGCCGAGGCGCUGCGUGAGUCCCAGCAGGACCACUCGGCCAACGGCUCGCACCACAAGAAGAAAUAA